AUGGUUAAUGUGAUGAUUGCCCACAAUUCCAGAGUAUUAAUGAUGAAACAUGCUGCCAAUCCCCUGACAGAGAGGCAAAAGACUCAGGGCACCAAUGCCUCUGCUCUGGAAAAAGACAUUGGUCCAGAGCAGUUUCCAAUCAAUGAACACUACUUCGGAUUGGUCAAUUUUGGGAACACAUGCUACUGUAACUCCGUGCUGCAGGCAUUGUAUUUCUGUCGGCCGUUUCGAGAAAAUGUAUUGGCGUAUAAGGCCCAGCAAAAAAAGAAGGAAAAUCUGUUGACUUGCCUAGCAGACCUUUUUCACAGCAUUGCUACUCAGAAGAAAAAAGUUGGCGUUAUUCCACCAAAGAAGUUCAUUUCAAGGUUAAGAAAGGAGAAUGAUCUCUUUGACAACUACAUGCAGCAGGAUGCCCAUGAAUUUUUAAAUUAUUUGCUAAACACUAUUGCAGACAUCCUGCAGGAGGAAAAAAAGCAGGAAAAACAAAAUGGGAAGUUAAAAAAUGGCAACAUGAAUGAACCUGUGGAAAACAACAAACCAGAACUCACCUGGGUACAUGAAAUCUUUCAGGGAACGCUGACCAAUGAAACUCGUUGCUUGAACUGUGAAACUGUUAGUAGCAAAGAUGAAGAUUUUCUUGACCUUUCUGUUGAUGUGGAACAGAAUACAUCAAUCACACACUGUCUAAGAGACUUCAGUAACACUGAGACCCUGUGUAGUGAACAGAAAUACUACUGUGAAACUUGCUGCAGUAAACAGGAGGCCCAGAAAAGGAUGAGAGUAAAAAAGCUUCCAAUGAUCCUGGCAUUACACCUUAAGAGGUUCAAAUAUAUGGAACAACUCCACAGAUAUACGAAGCUCUCCUACCGUGUGGUGUUCCCGUUGGAGCUACGUCUGUUCAACACAUCCAGUGAUGCAGUGAACUUGGACCGCAUGUACGACUUGGUGGCUGUAGUAGUACACUGUGGCAGUGGACCUAAUCGUGGGCAUUAUAUUACCAUUGUGAAGAGUCAUGGGUUCUGGCUCCUAUUUGAUGAUGACAUUGUAGAGAAAAUAGAUGCUCAAGCUAUUGAAGAGUUCUAUGGCCUGACAUCCGAUAUAUCAAAAAAUUCAGAGUCUGGAUAUAUUUUAUUCUAUCAAUCAAGAGAAUGACUUGAAGAAUUACAGAACUGCUUUUAAGUGGGACAGUGGAAUAGAGCCCACUCUGAUCUGGCUUCUCCGCAGAUUGAUCACCUUCCUUCUUAAUGGCCCACCAGUGACGUACCCUGAGCCUAAAUAGUCUAACUGUGUUAGGCUGUUGCCCCCUUUCCCUUCACCCCUCCCAUUUUGAUAUGCAGCACUUUUGGUUUUAUUUCCGUCAGAGAUAGAAUUAAAUGUUAUCCAAUUGUAGUAAGAUUUACAUGAAUAACAUUUACAGAUUUUUAGGAUUGAGUCAACACUAUGCCAUCUGCUGCCUCCCAGUGAACUAGAGUAAUGUUUUCUACAAAAGGCCAUCUUCUCUUUUGGGGCUUUUUACUGAACUUUGUAAAUGGCUUCAGGGGUCAAUUUUGACGCAUUCCUCUUAAUUGUGUAACUCAGAGGCUCUACCGCUCUCCAUUUUUAGCUCAUAAGCCAAGUUUUCUAUAGAGUAGGCUUAAAGAAUUGGUUAGAUUUCAUGCCCUCCAGGGCUGAAACUCUAGCUUUAAGUUGAAAAACUUGUAGAAGUGAGUAACCUCAAUACUAAAAAUAGCCUCAAAGUAGGGGAAUGGGGUAUAGAGCUUAUUAUAGUGACAUUAGUGUUAGCCCUUUUGGCAUUGGAACCAGCCAUUGAAGUUCAAGGGCCCAACAAGGUAUGGUAUUAAAGGUAGGUGAAAGGAAGAAGAAGAAGAAACAGAAGAGAAGUUCUGGAUGAUGGGAAGGUCCUUAUCUUAAAGAUAAACUUAAUGAAGUUUCAGUACCACAAAAAUUUCCUCUUAUCAGACCCUUGGGGAAUAUCUCACCCUACUAAUCUUUUCAGGGUAAUUUUUCAAUUGAUUCUGCGAUACUUUCUACAGUAGUGGGGGUAAAACAAGCAAGUAAACACCUGGCCCCACUCCCCCAAAUCAUUUAGUACCGGCAUAACCUGUAUGUCAUGGGACUAAACAGGGAAUCACGUUUUUAUAGUUAUCCAGUCCUAUUAUGUGACUGUUAGUAAUUUUUAUUUUUCAGUUAGUUUACAGAGGCCCUGGCAAAUGUCAGGGUUAAUAAAGAACUGUUCCCUAGGGGGAAUACUGGAAAUAACUAAGUAGGAAGGAGGCAAAGUCCAAGGAAGUGUAAGUAGGGCAAGCAGAAGGAGGAAAAUCAAACUGAGUGGUGGACAUUUUCUUGGGUUCAAUCAGCCCCUAGGCUGUUUGAUGAGACAGAUUUCUAAGAAAGAACCUCAUCUCACACAUAUUUACUUUUACUUGUUUUCAUUGUUUUAUUCUGUAUAUUUAUUAGAACAUUGACAAUUCAGUACUUUUCAUUAAAAGGGUCGACUGUCUUUCUGUCAUUAGCUGGUUUUGUCUUUUCCUUCUCUCUCCAUCCUUUCCCUUCCCCACCUCCCCCAACACUCUUAGCAAAGAUUGUUUGAAAUUCUCGUUUUGGAUUUCUGCAUCUGUUUGGGAAGUCAAUUAACUUCUCUAUGUUAUAGUCUACUGUGAAUGUGAUAUUAUUUUGUACCUUAUGAUCCAUGAACUUGUAAACCUUUGGUAUGAUGUGGUUUGAAAUGGAAUUGGAAAGGUGAGCAGCCGUUUUGUAUCAUAAGGCGUAUAGCACUUUAACGAGAGAGAAACUGGAUUUCUUAUCUUUGAAAUACCUUGAACUGUUUAUUGCUCAGAACAUGACUCGGUAGUCCCACAUGCUUCAUUUUGUCAUGGAGAUGGCAAAAUGUUCCACCUUCCAUCAGAAGACAAAAACAGGGUGAUUUCCCCCUUCCCCCUCCCCCCCCCUUGGUGAGUAAAAUAAAGUUGCCUUACCU